AUGGUCGCCAUCGUUUUCUUGUGCGCGAUUUUAGAUCCGACAUCCGCUGCGGCUUUGGCAAAGAUCGCAUCGCUAAACGACAAGCCCAUCAGCCCAGCAGCUAAAGAGAAAAUGAAUAACCCGAGUAGUACAAAGUCACCCGCAACUUGGGCGACCCGUCCCAAUAACGCCACGACCACUCGUCAUUACUUGCCGACGCUCAAUUUGUUUUUGAGCGACGGCUCGUCGUCGGAAUCGCGGGAUUUUUCGACUCGGCGGACGUCCUUCCGUCCGACCGGCUCACCGGCAUCCAGCAAGUCGCCACUCAAAGGCUUCAACUUGAUCAUGGACGAAAUAUCUUCCCAAAUCUUGUCCAACACGAGGCCGCCGGCGACUAGGACGACCGAGCCAUUGAAAGGCGACGCUUAUUACGAAAACAAAGAACGCACCACAAAUCUAGCCGAUCCAACGCGAGAUGGCGUCCAAAUGACCAAAGGUCCAUUUUUCACCAACAAUCCCAAAAUCGAGCACCAUCACUUUCAGAACGUCGAUCACCUGCCGGAGAACACGCCUCCAAUCAAAGAUUUGCCAAUUCCGACGACGAUCCGCCCAAAUGGCCCGACGUUGAAUUUGGUGUUGGACGGGCCGACAACAACAACAACAACAACAACAACCACCACCACUCGAAGGCCGCCUCUUCGGCCGAUCGAUUCCCUAUUGAUGCAAUACCAACAACGAGAGGACGACCAGCAAUCAAACAAAAAGAAGAGACCGCAAGAUAAUCUGCUGGAAUGGCUGGUGAUGAUGCAACAGCCAAUAACGGGACCAGUUGAGCCGGUCAAGAGUUUCCCCAUUGAAGAAGUGAAGAAAUCAGUUCAGCCGGUAAAGCCUUUAUCGGUUGAAACUAUACUGACGCCGCCAGUCCAGCCCGUCAAGAGCGUUCCUCUUCACGAACUAAUGCCACCGGUUAUUGAAAAUUUGCAUCAGGAGAAAUCGAAUCAACCGAGCGAGGAAUAUGAAUACGAAGAAGAAUAUGAGCUAACUGGAUCGGGCGAAAGAAUGAGUCUGGGACAGCCGCAAGUGCCCGUCAAUCUGCCCAACAGAUUCAGUAACGAGGUGGAACAGUCCAGCAACGAUUGGAAACGUCCUCAUUUAACGCCAGGGAAAAUGGAUCAAGAGGAUUUUAUUGGACCUAUUGUGACACAUCUCUUCAAGCCCAACCCAUUUUCUUCGUCAUCUUUGAACAAGAAAUCAGGAACCGCUCCACCGGCGACGACUUCGUUCGGAACUAAGCGGCCCAUCAGCAGCAGACCGACUCUCACGGUUGGUAUGAGAGAUUGGCCCGUCCAAGUAGGACUGCAAAAACCUUCUCCACCUGUACAAGUUGGGCUGAAAGAGUGGCCCGUUCAAGGGCUUCAGUCACGGCCCAAACCGACCAAACCGACUGUCAAGCCGGGCGAAUAUCAAAUGGGCAACGUUCACGUGAAUUCCGUGACAACUCCGGGCGGGGGUCAACUGCCAAAGAGGAAACCGAUUAUGGGGAACGAAUAUCAAAUGAACAGCGGAACCGGCACCAUAAUGGAACGUUUCAAUUUCACCCCAGUCGCUACUCGACGGCCAUUCGUCAGUUCUCCGGCUCCUGCUCGCCUUCCUCCCAGUCCUUACAAAAAUCAACUAAUCAAUCCGCCAUCAGCUCCGUUAUUACUCACCGUGUCGGACAACGACAAUCAGAGGGAAAGAAACGACAAUAAUCAAAGGAAAACGGCCAAUUCUUAUCAAACUCAAUCUCGAGCUCCAUCAUACGGCCAGUCGUCGUAUUACAUGAAUAACAAUUCUCCGUACGAGCAAAUCAACAUGUACGCACAGCAAAAACCGCCGCCAAUCGACAUGAGCAGCUAUUACGGGUACCCAAGUAGUAGCAGCGGUGGUUAUCCGAGUAGCGGUGGAGGCUAUCCGAGUAGCGGUGGAGGCUAUAAACCUAUGAAGCCGGUGAUUGAUCCAGAAGAUUAUAAUUACCAGAGCGGCGAAACAGACCAAGAUCUCGACUACGAUUAUUCUACAAAUGAAGAAGUCAAACCGCCACCAAAUCCGUUUAUUCCCGGACUAGGAUUAUUUGGUAAUGAGGCGAAUAUCAUAUUAAUCCCCAAACCGAUCACCAGUAGCACCGCCAGGCCGCCGUUUUUCAGUUCUACGACGUUACGGCCGAGCGGCCAAUUUAGUACGAGCGAGCCUAUUACGAAUGAACUAACGACGUCUCGUCCGUUUGGUCCGGGGCAACAAAUGGGCAUCAUUGAAGUUGUCACUCCUGGGCCCUUGUGGCCUCCAUUCGCUAGUAGUAGCACUACAACUCCUUCGAUUCCACAAUUCAGCACUAAUAAACCCACUUUCAGGCCUACGAGACCUACGAGGCCAACUAAACGACCCACUAGACCAAGGCCAACCAUAACACCCACAACACAGACACCAAUAACAACAGGUACGAGUACACAAAUGGGAAUCAUUGGAGGUGUCACUCCUGGUCCACUGUGGCCACCAUUCGGCAGUAGUAGCACUACAACUCCUUCGACUCCAGUCGAACAGUUUAGUAGCAACAGACCAACUUUGAGGCCUACGAGACCUACUAGACCCACUAAACGACCCACUAGACCAAGGCCAAUGAGCCCAACGACAACACCAACGACAACAACACCAACAACCACACCAACAACCACACCCACAACGACACCCACAACGACACCCACAACGACAACACCAACGACACCAACGACAACACCAACGACAACACCAACAACGACACCAACAACUACAACUACUACUACGGAAGGGCCCUUCGACCCGACCGAUGACUACUAUGAUGAGGUAACAGAUUUCAGUACCGGGAAUCCAACAACUCAACAGGAAAUGGUGAAUAUUCCCGGACUCAUUCCCAAUCCUAUCGGCAUCACUAACAUGAGCAAUAUAAUUGUGGUACCGAAGCCAACAACAGUAGCGCCAACUAUUGAGGCGACGACGACGGUUCUCAUUCCACAGAUGAUGAACUCGAAUAUGGACACGACAAAUAGGCCGCUGGAUGUAAUCAUCGACAUUACACUGGGCAUCACGACACCACCCAGCAUCACAACAACGGCGCUACCGACAGAGUCGCCGGUCACAUCAGUUAUUAUUCCAAUCACACAAGCACCUAGCGCGGGGUCCACUACAAUUACUCCUACAACGCAAACGACAAUUACUGACGCCACUUUAGAUCCGUCCGAUUAUAUCUUUGUGGAUCCGUUCCCGGAUUUCGGGAUCGAUUACCCGGAAGAAAUGGCCGUAGAUAUUCCCGGAGUCAUGAUGCAGAUUCCGAUUGGAAUCAGCAAUGGGACAAACGUCAUUUUGAUCCCGAAACCAAAUAUUACAUCAACCACGUCCACCACAUCCACCACAUCCACUACACCGACUCCUUUCCAGCCGCUCGAUAAUUCCACCAAUAACGAAAUGGACAUGUUCAUGAAUGCAGUCGGAAUGCUGGAAGAGCAACUGGACAUUGGUUUGCAGAAUGUCGAUUUCAUGGAGAAUUUUAAUUUUGUUGGCACGCGCCCAACCAUCCGUCCAUCCAGUAGUACUACGCCUAGUUUUAAUUUUCCAACCGUCCGUCCUUCCAGCAGUACGACUAGUUCAAAUUUUCCAACCGUCCGUCCUUCCAGCAGUACGACUAGUUCAAAUUUUCCAACCGUCCGUCCUUCCAGUACUACAUCAACUAGUCCAAAUUUUCCAUCCAAUCCAACAGGCUUUCCAAGCGCUAUGCAUAUGGAUCCAAAUCACCAACAGUCGACGACCCCCAUUCCAUUCCGUCCGCCAAGCUCGUUCGUAACAUCCGGACCGUUGAAUAAUAACAUGUUCCCUAAUAGACCUCCUCUGCGACCUAUUAGACCUACAGCUGGGCCCAUAGUAUAUCCCAGUAAUCAAUUCGUUGAUCCCAGUAAUCAAUUCGUUAAUCCCAGUAACCAAUUCGUUAAUCCCAGUAAUCAAUUCGUUAAUCCCAGUAACCAAUUCGUUAAUCCCAGUAAUCAAUUCGUUUAUCCUAGUAAUCAAUUCGUUUAUCCCAGUAAUCAAUUCGUUUAUCCCAGUAAUCAAUUCGGAUAUCCCAGCCAACCUGUUUAUUAUCCAGAAGAAUUUACAAAGCCCAAACCUGAUUACGGGUCAAUUAAACCCAGUUACGGCGCUCCGCCUCCCCGACCAACGUACGGAGUCCCUCCCCCGUCGUAUUACGGCAGCGUUCCGCCAAUGGGUCCAACCUGGCCGACAAAACCGACCGACGGAAUGUUUCAGCAGGGGACAUCGACUAUGGGACCGUCGAUUGGAAUCUUCCAGCCUCCAAUUCAAGAUCCGAUAGGCAUCAGCAAUCCAGGAAACGUCGUCAAACCUUCGGGUGGCCGGCCACCGUUUUUCGUGUCAAGCAGCAGCACUACAACUGCGCCGGUGAGUUUCCAGCCAAUCAAUUUGGCCCAGCCCACACAGAUGCCGAGCGGCAUCUUUGAGAGUCAAAUGGGCAACUUUAACGGAAGUUCAGUUCCAAGUGGUGGAGGCGGUGAUCCAUUUGUGGUCGUUCAACCGCCGUUCGUCAGUCCGUUUUUCCCCGAUCAGUUCAUCACAAACAGACCUGCAACAACACCUUCAACCACGACAACAACAACAAGACCGACGACAACGACAUCACCGACGACAACGACAACUCCGACGACAACAACAACACCCACUACAACAACAACACCCACUACAACAACAACACCCACUACAACGACAACACCGACGACAACGACAGCAACUGAACGGCCGAUAACAAUUAAACCCCCGACAACAAGUGACACAACAUCUUCAACAACAACAGCAGUUUCGACUUUGCUUCCUACCAGCACCGAAGCCCCCUUCGACUUGUUCCAGCAACAGAUCAAACCCAUUAUCCCGUCCCAAAUGGGAAACGGUUUCAUCCCGCAUCGUCCCCCAUUUAACCAGUCGACACCUUCCACUGCUUUUAACCUAACAGCAUUCCUCGAUUCUUUCGCGACCUACUACGGAAUCCCUUCGUUCUUAUUCCCCGGCUAUUACCAGAUGGGCAACUUUUAUCAGCUCUCAACCACCACCACCACCACCACCACGACGGUGGCGACGACGGGCGAUGCGAUUGCGGGUGUCGUUGCGUCAUCAACCGCUUCCCCUUCGUCAACCGACAAUCAGCCGUGCAACCAGUUGUCAGCGGCAGAACUGACAACACCAAGCUCUUACACCGGUCCACCACCAACGACCACCAACGAGUUUGAUGGCAUUUUGGUGACAGAGUCGUCAUCAAUCCAACCAUCUAAACCGUCUAAUAAUAAACCAACGCCUCCAAUAGGGCUUCCACUGCCACCCAACCCAAUAUCUACCAUCUUCUUCCCUAGUGUGUCUUCCGGUUCAUCAUCUUCUUCUUCUUCAUCAUCCGACGGAUCCGUUUCCUCGGGUGGAAUCACUGGUGGCAGUGUGACUUCAUCCGGCAGUACAAUCAGCGUCACAGGCUUCUUGUUGUUCUUUUUCUUUAUCGCUUUGCCCAUCAUCUUUGGUUGUUUGACUCUUUUGGAAAUCCCAUUCAUCGUCAGCGGUGUCUUGGUGCUGGCCGUCGUUCCGCUGACCCUCAUCCUUUUCCUCAAAGUCUCGGGCGCCUUCCACGGACGGAAACACCGGAACUGGAACAUCGACUGGAAGCGCAUCCUGUCGGAACCCGACGACGAAAUGCGGCGGCUCGAACAAGACGUCUGGGCCCUGCUGGACAGUUUUCCUUAUCGGGAGAUGGAAGUGACAACAACAGAGGUUCAUUGGAAUCAUCUCGACGAUGAUUAUUACAGCCGUUAAAUAAAUAAGAACGGGGAAAAAAAAAAAGGAAAACUAUUGAGAACACACACUCAUUGUGCUGGGAACUAGUCAGCUUUGAAGUGAAAACAACACACACACACACAGAAAACAACAUAGAUUACAUAAAUGGGUGGAUGCAUUUUCAGGUGGUUGCAUUUUGGGGGUAUUAAAAAACUUUUUUGCUUGACUAUAACAUUUUCGCUUUUGGGGUAUGCACGCACGAUUUCCUAUUAGUUUUGUUGUAGAAUCUGGGGAGAAUUGCACAUCAAGUCACAUUUUGUAUUAUAAUCAUCACUCAUCGCACAAAGUUUUUUGGGGUUUUUUUUUCUCCUUCUUCUUCUCCAAACAAGUAAAAGUUUAGAUAAUGUAUUAGGAUAUUGUAUACACGUAGUAUUUUUAAAAAAUAUAAAGCAACAGACAUUAUACACUGUUCCGGAUCCACACACCUAUAUUAUAUAACCUCUCUUAUAGUACCACGCGAGCUAAUGAGAACAUUUAUGAUACGCACGACAAUGAUACGAAAUAAAAACAUUUGAAGUAGGUUACCCAAGGUUUUCAUUCCAGAUCUACAUAUAAAAUAAUACAAUGUAAUGGUCAAUUCUCUAUUGUAUGCUAGCUGCACUCUCUCUCGUUUGUUGUGUUCGUUAAAACAUAUAUAGAUAUGCUAUGCUAUAUUACAUCCCUGUUGUUUUCUAUACGUUAUUACAUGCAGCGGGAGACUUUGCUGGUAUAUAUCUAUCGACUCCGCUUUCCCCCCCCUAAGUAUCCCAUUUCACUAUAUCUUUCCGCGUGUGUGUGUAUUGACUGUCCGACUGUGUAAUUGCGUCUCGGGGCCAUUUACCUCGACACGACUCACCAAUCACACAACGGAACAAACCACCACCAACAUGUAGUGGCUACAAAAUGCGACACAAUGUGAACAUAUUGAACAAUGACUAUACCGUGGCAAUA